AUGUAUGCAUUGUUUACUAAUGCCGAGGGCGUCUGUCACCUGUGUGUGCCGCCUGACCCCGGUAUCCAGUCUGCUGCUCUAGGUGCUGGUGAGGCUGCUGCUCUAGGUGCUAGUGCGUUUAUUGCCCAAGGUGCUGGUGAGUCUACCCUCUCAGGUACCACGUUGGCUCAGGCCUUUCACACCUUCACCCUUGACUCGGGUGCUUCCCGCUCCUUCUUUCGAGACCGCACCACGCUUACGCCGCUUAGUCGGCCGGUUGCGGUCUCCCUGGCGGACCCCUCUGGGGGUCCUGUCCUUGCUAGCUUCUCCACUAACUUACCGUGCCCGGCAGCCCCCUCUGGCACCCUACUACCCUUUGGCACCACCGCCUUAGUCACCCCUCCCUGCCUUGUCUCUGAGGCAUGGCCUCCCAUGUCCUUGUCUCUGGUCUUCCCCGGUCUCUCCCUCCCCUACCUCCGGGGCCUGCCCCUACCUGCGUCCCCUGCGUCGAGGGGCGACAGCGCGCCGCCCCUCACUCCUCCGAGUUUCCUCCGACAGAGGCUGCGCUGCAAACUCUUCACAUGGACGUGUGGGGCCCCGCCCACACAGGGGCACGAGCGUUACUUCUUGUUGGUGGUUGACGACUACUCGCGUUACACUACAGUCUUCCCCUUGCGCAGCAAGGGUGACGUCACUGAGGUGUUGAUCGACUGGAUCCGCGCAGCUCGUCUCCAGCUCAGAGAGAGUUUCAGCUCGGAAUUUCCUGUUCUGCGUCUGCACUCUGACAGAGGCGGGGAGUUUUCCUCUGCCCGUCUGGGAGCAUUCUGUCAUGCACAGGGCAUUCGUCAGACCUUCACGCUUCCGGCCUCUCCACAGCAAAAUGGGAUUGCUGAGCGCGGCAUUGGCAUGGUCAUGGACGUCGCUCGUACGUCCAUGAUCCAUGCGGCUGCUCCCCAUUUUCUGUGGCCAUAUGCGGUUCGGUACCCAGCGCAUCAGCUCAACCUUCAGCCCCGGGUCUCCUUGCCUAAGACCUCCCCCACCUUGCGGUGGACAUGGAAGGUUGGCGAUGCGUCUGCAUUUCGGGUCUGGGGAUCUCGGGCGUUUGUUCGCGACCUCUAUGCGGACAAGUUGUCCCCUCGUGCUGUUCCCUACGUAGACGCACUCAAGCCUCUCGAGGUAGCUGUUAACUCUGGUGCUGCUAGAGGUGCUGAGCCUGUGUGUGCCGGGUCAGGCGGUGCUGAGUCUGGGGGUGUUGAGACUGGGGGUGCUGAGCCUGGGGGUGCUGGGUCUGGGGGUGCUGAGCCUGGGGGUGCGGAGACUCGGGGUGCGGAGCAUGGGGGUGUGGAGCCUAGGGGCGCUGGGGCUGCUCGUGUGGCCGGUGGAGGUGCUUCGUCGAGGCGGGAGCCACUCUCUCCAUGGGAGCUGCGCGAGUGGUUUGCCCGCCGCUGGAGACGUGCUGCUGGAGCUGGAGGUACUACUGUUGCUGCUGGUCCCGGAGGUGCUCGUACUGGCGGUCCUCGAGCUGCUGGGACUAGGGGUGCUGCUGGGGCUACUGGAGUUGGUCCUCUUGAAGCUGCUGGCGGUGUUAGUGCUGCUGGAGCUAGAGCCACUGGGGGUGUUGGCGCUGGUCUUUCUACUGGCGCUGGUGCGUCUGGGGGUGCUGCUGAGACUGCUGGAGCUGACGGUCCUACUGGUUUGGUGCUGCUGGAGCUGGAGCUGCUGGGGGUGUUGGCGCUGGCUGUGCUGCUGGCGCUAGUGCUUCUAAGGGUGCUGGAAUUGGCGCUGUUGGAGCUGGAGGUGGUGCUGGCGCGGGUGCUGCCGCUAGGGAUACAGUCGCAGUCACAGUUACAGCCCGCCUCCCCUCUACCUGCUCCUUCUCCCUACACUGGUCCUACUGGAGGUCUUGCUGAGCGUCUUGAGCCUGCGUCUCGUCCUGCGUCGCCUGUUCGUGCUGCUCACAUUAGUGGCCGUACUGCGCGUCUGCGUCCUCCUGCAGUCCCCGACACACACGAGAUGGCACUGCGUCCUUCCACUACUCCUCUGCGUGUCCCGUUGCUGUCUCCUCCAGAGUCCCCUCUUCCUACUCUUGCUGACUCGGAAUCUGACUCUCUUCAUGCUACCAGUCCUACUCUCACGCGUCUCCUGGCUACUGUUGUCACUGACCCUACCUUUGAGUCCGUUGCUGCGUCUGCCUUAGUUGCUGAGCUUGUUGACUUCGCUACUCGCUGUCGUCUAGACUACGUUGCUAGUCUCUGGCAGCCGGCCAUGGACGCAGAGAUGGCUUCCUGGAAGUCCACAGGCACCUAUGUUGACGAGGUUCCCCUACCUGGGGCGAACAUUGUCAAUGGCAUGUGGAUUUUCAGGGUGAAGCGGCCGCCGGGUUCUCCGCCUGUCUUCAAGGCGCGUUACGUGGCUCGAGGCUUCACCGCUCAGCGCGACUACGAGCUUCACUCUCUUGACUUCAGAACGGCUUUCCUGCAGGGCAGCCUGCACGAGGAGAUCUGGCUGCGCUGCCCACCUGGCUUCACUGGGUCGUUUCAUCCUGGUACCCAGUGGAGCCUCCGGCGACCAGUCUACGGUCUCCGCCAGGCGCCCCGUGAGUGGCACGACACACCGAGUACUACACUUGCGGCUCUUGGGUUUGCUCCUUCUACUACUGACCCGUCGGUGUUUCUACGCACCGACACGUCUUUGCCGCCGUUCUACAUCCUCGUGUACGUCGACGACUUGGUCUUUGCUACUGCUGACACUGCUUGA